AUGAUUUGUUCACAAACUUGUGCAGCUAACAAUACCUACAUACCUUCAAAGAUGGAAACAUUUAUUACAAAGGCUCCACAUGAAGUUACUUUAACUGAUUCCAACUCAAGGUUAUUCAUAAAAAACAUAAAAAAUGGAGUUACUCUAGAACAAUUUAGACAUUCUUUAGAGAAAUAUGGCACUGUAGAAGUAUAUCUAUAUGAACCAGGAACUAAUAAUAAUGGAUGGGCCUGGGUUGGUUUUGAAAAUGAAGAAGCAGCACUUAAAGUAGUUGAAGAAUCAGAAAAACCUAAUGACGAAGAAAUUAAUGAAAAGGAAGGAAGCGUACAUAGUCGUGAUGAUGAAAAACAAGAUUCAAAUAGUUUUUAUGAGGAAAAUGAAGAAAAUCAACAAAACGAAGAAGAAGAAGAAGAAGAAAACGAUGAUUAA